AAUCGACGGAAUCACAGACGAGAGGAAGAUAAUAAAAGACAACUUUCGUCGUGCGUCGGUGAUAAAGAGACAACUUGCAGGCCGAGCAGGUGGCCUUGGUACUCGGCACCAUGGCUCCUUUCUUGAGGAUUGCCUUCAACUCAUAUGACUUGGGCGUCAUGCCUCCUCUGGUUGACCCACCUUUCUGUGCAAUCAAGAUGAAGGAGGCCUUGACAACUGAACGAGGUAAGACCCUGGUUCAGCGCAAACCCACCAUGUACCCGGACUGGAAGGCCAGUUUCGAUGCGCACAUCUACGAGGGGCGUGUGCUGGAGGUACUGCUGAUGAAGACAGCAGAGGAGCCGCUUGCUGAGGUCACUGUUGGACUGUCUGUUCUUGCUGAGCGCUGCAAGAAAGCCAAUGGGCGUGCUGAGUUCUGGGUGGAUCUCCAUCCUUCUGGGAAAGUGAUGAUGGCUGUGCAGUAUUUUCUGGAGGGAAUGGAUACAAGUAAAGAGGGUAAGCAGACUGCCAAGGAGGAAGAGGAGGGUCCUACCCUGAACCGUAGACGAGGGGCCAUCAAGCAGGCCAAGAUCCACUUCAUAAAGAACCACGAGUUCAUUGCCACGUUUUUCAGGCAGCCGACUUUCUGCUCCGUGUGCAGAGAAUUUGUCUGGGGACUCAACAAGCAAGGCUAUAAAUGCAAACAAUGCAAUGCAGCCAUCCACAAGAAAUGCAUAGACAAAAUCAUCGGCAGAUGUACCGGUACUGCUGCCAACAGUCGCGAUACUGUGUUCCAGAAGGAGCGCUUUAAAAUUGACAUGCCGCAUCGUUUCAAGAACAACAACUACAUGAGUCCAACCUUCUGCGACCACUGUGGAAGUCUGCUGUGGGGUCUUGUCAAACAAGGCCUAAAGUGUGAAGAUUGUGCCAUGAAUGUCCAUCGCAAGUGUCAGGAUAAAGUAGCCAACCUUUGUGGUAUCAACCAGAAACUCCUAGCUGAAGCACUCACACAAGUCAGCCAGACAUCGUCCACCCGCCACUCAGAUCCAAACCAGCCUGAUCUGCCUGAUAUUGGAAUCUACGAUGAAGUUAGCAAGCUCGCCGGACUGGAUAUUAAUGAUGGAUCUCCUUAUGGCAAACUGUGGGAGGGGGCCAACUCAGGGCCUCAGUCCCAUAUCACCCAUUUGACACGCAUCAACGUGGACAACUUUGUCUUCCACAAGGUCUUGGGAAAAGGAAGCUUUGGCAAGGUUCUCCUGGCAGAGCUGAAGGGUCGUGGUGAGUACUUUGCAGUGAAGGCUUUGAAGAAAGAUGUCGUGCUGAUGGAUGACGAUGUGGAGUGCACGAUGAUAGAGAAGAGGGUUUUGGCUUUAGCCUGGGAAAACCCCUUCCUCACACACCUUUACUCCACCUUCCACACCAAGGAGCAUCUGUUUUUUGUGAUGGAGUAUCUGAACGGAGGAGACCUGAUGUUUCAUAUUCAGGAGAAAGGGCGCUUUGACCUCUACAGAGCCACGUUCUACUCUUCUGAGAUCAUUUGUGGUCUUCAGUUCUUACAUACCAAAGGGAUCAUCUACAGAGAUCUAAAGUUAGACAAUGUGAUGCUGGAUCACGAGGGACACAUAAAGAUAACUGACUUCGGCAUGUGCAAGGAGAACGUGUUCGGAGAAAAUCGUGCGACAACCUUCUGCGGCACUCCUGACUAUAUCGCCCCAGAGAUCCUGCUGGGUCAGAAAUACUCAUUCUCCGUCGACUGGUGGUCAUUUGGGGUGUUGCUGUACGAAAUGCUGAUUGGUCAGUCACCUUACCAUGGAGAUGAUGAGGAUGAGCUCUUUGAGUCCAUCCGCAUGGAUACUCCCCACUAUCCUCGCUGGAUCAACAAGGAGGCUAAGGACAUGAUUGAGCAGUUGUUUGAGAGAGACCCAACUCGCAGGCUAGGAAUUGUGGGUAAUAUUCGUUUACACCCGCUCUUCAACGCCAUCAACUGGCAGGCCUUGGAGAGGAGAGAGAUUGAACCCCCCUUCAAACCCAAAGUGAAAUCACCGGAUGAUUGUAGCAACUUUGAUCGGGAGUUCCUGAGUGAGAAGCCUCGUCUCUCCUACAGCGAUAAGAACUUCAUCGACUCCAUGGAUCAGGAGGCGUUCGCUGGCUUCUCGUUCAUCGACCCCAAGAUGGAGCAACUUUUAGAAAAGUGACUGUUGUGAUGACAACCAGACCUGGGCCCUAUUUCUCAUACCUGGCUAACAUAGUUCGUUGGAUAUUUUUUAGGAUGAGAUUACCCAAGUGAGGCUUUUCGGUUCCACCAAACAAGUUUGGAAAAAUCACCAAAGCAACAACAUCCAACAAUUUGAACCUGCUCCAGCGCAGGCUCAUUCAAUCUAGCUGGAUAAGCUGGCCACUCCCCCCGGAAGGAAAUGGCAGCUCCCUUCCUCAAAGAUCCCAUUGAUGAAGUAGCGAUAUUAAUUAGAUUAGCGUUUAAUAGGGAGAGAGAUCUUAUCACGUCAUGAUGACUUCCUAUAUGAGCGCGAUCCAUUCUGUCCACAAGGAAUACUUUAUUUACAGACCUUCUUGAGCCACAUGCUGCAGCUGGGCAUUGACUGUCUCACAGACUGUAUGCAGAGCCUUGUGGUACAUUGUUGUACAGUGUGGUACAUUGUUGUAAAUUGUGGUACAUUGUUGUACAGUGUCGGCGAUGCAGACCAUCAGGAAAGCCGCUGUAUGCCGAGCGGUUCAUGAAGCUUAUUUAGAGCUUGAGAAACUUCUGGAUGUGUUCAUUACGUUCCCGGGCUCACACACAGAAUCACACACACAUAUUAAAAUUCCUAUUCAAUAUGGUCAUCGCCACAUACAUGAAUAUACUUGUUCUGGAAGAGUUGAGAUAGUUCUUUUAGAUCUCAUUGGAUGAUGCAUGCCAUUAAGCAGACUGCCAGCAGGCACAUUUAAAGAAAUGUAUUUGGAUUGAUUGGGGUGAUGAGGCACUUAAAAUUAGCCGAUUCAUUUUCUCAACACUCAUGCUGCGUUCACACCAAACGUGUCGCGAGUAGAAUCCAUGAAUGUACAGGCGAGAAUGGAUGAGAAUAAAGAGGAAUUUCAUCCAGUUAUUUAGAAGUAGUCGGUGAAAGUUACCGAGCUGUGUGAGCCUACGGGUGACGUUAUGUAUAAAUAAAUAUAUAUAUAUAUAAAUAUAAUGUUAUGAACCCAAAGGGUGUUUGAUGUUCCGACGUUUGUGGGAGUUCCACAACAAGUAUUCAGCAGAAAUAGUAGUUAUUUCUUCCAUGGUGGAAAUUAAAACUGUUUCCAUGGAGAUAAGCCACAGAGAAAAGCCACGCCCCCUCUCCAGCACGAAUGAAGCGAAUGAAUUUAAUGAAUGAACCACAAAUAGCCGGGAGAGUAAACUCGCGCGAGUAAAGUGUUGCGAAUAUUUGUGUGAACGCAGCAUUACACAUUUAUCUUGUCUGAUAUGUCGCCAUGCGUCUUGUCUCGUCCUCACAGGGGUGAGAUGUUCAUGAUUAUGGUCUGGAAUUCCUCAUAUUUGUUCACGGUCAUCUCCUGCUCGUCAGCGUAGAAACAAGAGGCUCUUCCUUUCAGUUUAUUUGUCAUUGUGCUGUUAGAAAAUCAUGGUUUAGCUAAUCGACGCUUCGCCCUUUUGAAGUUGGACGGGCACGCGCAAUCAUCCUGAGGACUGAAGUCAGGUUUGAACUAACGAGACAGUUUGAGGGCGGAUCAGCCUUUGAGAAACCGAGAUAGCCUGAUGUCAAUCAUCGGGUUGAUUUAAGGUGGAUAAUCGGAUAUUUGAUCGAUUUAGUUGAGCCACAUAUGAGAAAUAGGGCCCUGGGUUACAUCUCUACGGCUUACGGACAGUUUCCUUAUUCUGUUACAUUUUUAAAAUUACAAACGAGUGAAGUAUUUGUGUGACCUUAUUUCAAACAGAAACUAUUCUCCUUGGGUACGUGUAGAAACAAUAAGCAUAGAGAGGGCCUAUGUACUGUACAUAUUGAUGUCAUUGUGUUUGUGUGCAUGCUUAUUAUUUGUUUAGGUUGUUAAUGCCAAUAUGAAUAAUAAUAAUAAUAGGGCGGGAGGUUGAAAAUCCUUGCAUUUCACUUGACAUCACUGCUACCAUCUGCUGUCAUUUUGUGUCCCUUUUUGUAACAUUCAAUUCAACCCAACUGGGAUGAAAAGUAUGAAGAGGUAAAGAAACCUAUAGAAAUACAUUACACUGUACUAAAUAAACCUAUCUAUCUUUAGAUAUAGAUACAUACUGAA